AGGCCACCCUUAAGGAAUGAGGAGCCCCACGUGAUACUGGCGGGGCGGGCAAACUCUGAGCCAUUUUGGGGACGGUGUCAGUUUCCACUGUGUGCCUUCAGCGUUGCAUUUCCCCCCCUCUCGUCUGCCACUCUUUCCUCUUCCCCUGCUCCCUCCACAACAACUAUGAAAUAAUAUUUUUUUAAAAAAAAAAGGAAGAAGAAGGGAAGAGAGGAAGGAGGAAGAGCCCUCUCAGAGGCUGAAAAGCACAACACGGAGAAGAGAUUGAAGGGAGGGGGGCAGAGAAAGGAAGGAAGGAAGGAAGGAAGGAGGAAGGAAGGAAGAGACAAUGGGGUGGUGGAGGAGGAGGAGAGGGAAACCGUCCGGAUCAGAAAGAUUUUAAGAUCCCGGUACUGGAGGUACGCAUUAAAGGGGGGGGGAGAGAGAGAGAGAGAGAGAAGGAAGAGCAGAGGGGAGGAGGGGAAGGAGAGCAAACUGAGAGGGAGCCAAAGGGAUUGGGAAGGGGUCAACGGAAGAGAGGACCUCGGGUGUUUUGCAACUAAAAUGAGCUGAGCGCAGCGACCAACGGAGGCGGCGGCAGCGGCGGCGGCAGCAAUACGCUUAUUGCAAUUGACAGCGUCUGCAGUUCAUUUCAAGAUGGCCGCUUGGCUCACAUUCAUUUUCUGCUGAACGACUUUUAACUUUCAUUGUCUUUUUCGGCGGCUUGGAUCGUCACCCACUGGCUGCUUUUCGCGGAGCUGCCGCUUAUUGCGCAAAAAUGCAUCGCACCACCCGCAUCAAAAUAACCGAGCUAAACCCCCAUCUCAUGUGCGUGAUCUGUGGAGGGUACUUCAUUGAUGCAACCACCAUCAUCGAGUGUCUGCACUCCUUUUGUAAGACGUGUAUCGUGCACUACUUGGAAACGAGCAAGUAUUGUCCUAUUUGCGAUGUCCAAGUUCACAAAACCAGGCCUCUUUUAAAUAUAAGAUCCGAUAAAACUCUCCAAGACAUUGUCUACAAGUUAGUGCCAGGCCUUUUCAAAAAUGAAAUGAAAAGAAGAAGAGACUUUUAUGCUGCUCAUCCCUCUGCAGAUGAUGUAAAUUGCUGUGAAAAUUUCUGUGCAGCUGCCAAUGGCUCUAAUGAAGACAGGGGAGAAGUUGCAGAUGAAGACAAAAGGAUUAUAACAGAUGAUGAGAUAAUAAGCUUAUCCAUAGAGUUCUUUGACCAAAAUAGACUGGAACGGAAAGGAAACAAAGAGAAAGAGAAACCCAAAGAGGAGGUGAAUGACAAAAGAUAUUUACGCUGCCCUGCAGCAAUGACUGUAAUGCAUCUGAGAAAGUUUCUCAGGAGCAAAAUGGACAUACCCAACACUCUUCAGAUUGACGUCAUGUAUGAAGAGGAGCCUUUGAAGGACUACUACACGUUAAUGGACAUUGCCUACAUUUACACUUGGAGAAGGAACGGCCCCCUCCCUUUGAAGUACCGGGUGCGACCAACAUGCAAAAGAAUGAAGAUCGGCGGCCACCAGCGGGAUGGGUUGAACAAUAGCAUGGAGCUGGAAAGUGACUCUGGGAGCGAGAAGGCGAGGAGCCCUGCGGGAGGCACCCCAUCUACUUCGUCCUGUUUGCUCAGCCCCGGCACCCCGGUGCAGUCUCCACACCCACAGUUCCCUCACAUCUCUAGUACUAUGAAUGGAACCAGCGGCAGCCCCAGCAGUAACCACCACUCCGCCUUCACCAACAGAGCCCGGAAAGCCUCUCUAAAUGGUUCUUCCGCUACUUCCUCGGGCUGAGGCCUCGACUGUCUCUCGGACGGCGAAAGCUCCACCGUUUCUUUAGAGCUUUCUAUCUUGUUCUUCGGUUUUUCUCCAUGCCAUUAAGCUUUAUAGAUGCCAAUCCCUCGUGUGAUGAUCGUCCAAAUUGCUUUAAAAAGAGGAUUAAUAAAUUGACCCUCCCACACACACCUUGGAUGUUAAAACAAUGGGACUUAGUUCGUGAGCGACUCUUACCAACCAUGGAUUUUAAAAAGGAAGAUAUGUUUCUUAAGGACUAGCAACGCGAAACAAGGUAUAAAACCACAUAAACUAAAGAGGCAGAGGAAUGGGCUUGUUUGUUUGCCACCCACCCUCACCCUCGUUCAUAAUUUGGAGAGAUUCUUCGGAAAUGGAUGCAUAUCAAUAAUGGGAUAUAGUUUUGCUAAUCCAGACUAACUUCUACAUUUAAAAUAUCUUGGAUUGUGAAUUCUUAUUUCACUGUUUUGUAAAACUGUAGGAUGCAAGUGGAUUCCCAACCACCCACCCGUCCUUCCUUAAGUUCCCUCAACGAAAUGGAAUUGAAAAUGCAUAGGAAAACUAUGCAUAUAUGUAGCCAUGCCACUGUGAAUAACAAUUUCGUGCUUUAUUAGCAGUUUUUAUUUUUAAAAUGUUUCAUUCAUAACUUCCCUGUUGCAGCACAGAAACGAUUUAAAGACUGGGGGUAGGGGGGUAGGAAGAGACAAGACAAGAAAGAACCACAGAACAAGAAAAAACGUACAUUUUCAGAUUUAAACCUGUAUGCCUAAAAGCGGGUAUUGACGUUUAUUUUACUGACUAGUUUAAAGAAAGAAAAAGAAAAAAGAUAAAUAUACACUUUUUGUAAGAAUCAGAUGGCAUUUUGCAUUUCUUGAACAAUGCCAUAUUGGUAUAUGACAAAACAGGAAGCAGUAUUGUAUGAUAUAUUUAUAAAUACUAUAAAGAAAAUAUUGUGUUUCACGCACUCUCGAUAAGGGGUCUAAACUCCCAGGCCAGUUCGACCCUUGCAGACACCGAAGCAGACAAGAGCUCUUUCCCCUAGUGACGCCUGAAGGCUGCAGGGUCGGAGAGCAAGCUCCAAUCGCUGUUAACCCGGAAGCAAUUGGCAACCUUGAAAGGAUUUUACGGGCUUUGCCUUGUUCCAAGUAGUAUUUCAUUUUUCCUUUUACACAAUGUGAUUAAUUGUUUUAAUGAUGCAGUGGGCAAAGUUGGAGGGGAGGGUGGAGGAGGAGAAGCAGGAACACGUGGGUGAGUUUAACUCUUUCAUUAGUUUUAUUAUUUGGUGUGAUGGGUUUGUGUUUCCCCGUCUUUAAAAAAAGAAAAAGCAAGCACAGGAAAUCAUACAAGAAGCCAUAAAAUAUGCGGGAACCUCUUUCUUUCUUUCUUUCUUUCUUUCUUUCUUUCUUUCUUUCUUUCUUUCUUUCUUAUGAAGUCAGCAAGUUGCUGAAGGCUUUUAAUCUAAAUUGGUUUUAAUAUAUAUAUCUGUAUGUAUGUAUAUGGUACAGUACUAACUUGGUUAAAGAUUAACAGGUACUUUGAUAUCUCCAAUAAGCUGCAGGGAAUCCCUUCUGCAAAAUAGGCUUCUGAAGGAAGGCACCAAGUCUGGAAAAAGGAAGGUUUUAAAAGUUAAGCAUUGUGAAGAGCCCCAAACAAGUUUGUGCUUUGGUUUGGUCAAACUGUGUGUGUGUGCGUUCUUCAAUCGUCAAUUUCACAUUUGUGUGGGUGUUUAUCCUAUAUGACUAUUGUUUUCAUGUUUGUAAGGGGAAGUUGUAGCUAAACAUUUCAUUGUCUCCAGUCUGCGAAAGAAGCACAAAUUCUAUGCCUUUGUCUUGCUUUA